AUGUCCCAAUUGAAGAGUGGGUAAAUUGGAAUUUAAUUAAUUUUUGCAGCCAAUAUUAUCUAAAGUUCUUGGUGGAUCAUUUUAGCCUUACAAAUAUAUCAACCCAUAAGUUAUUUACUAUGCUUUUUUUAGUUAACUAGCCUAUUAUUGAAGAUGGUUUCAUAUAUUUUAAUAAAGAGGAAAUAAGGACUAAAUAUAAUUGUUCAUAUUGCAACAUUAUUGUCUUAUGUGUUGUAAAUUGAAUCCCUAUAACUAUUGAUACCUACUAAUCACUUGCACACUUUUUCAAUAAGUCUUUUAACAAUUGUGACAUAUAAUGAAUACUUGAAUAUUGCCAUUUAGAAAUUUAGUUUAAUUUGCAAAUUAGGGUUGCCAUUGUAUCUUAUUAUUAGAGUAACAUGGGUACUUAUAGAAUGUUUUAGCAUCUUUAUAAUAGAAUGCUUAAUUACAAUAAUUAUGGUGACUAUAUAUUUUAUACUUAAAAACUAAACAUAGUUUAAUUAGAAUUUUAGUAAAAAUCUCAUAGAUUAAUCAUUAAAAAAUAAUUAUAUAAAGGAAUCACCUCUUAUUUCAUACAACUAACAAAUAUAAUCUUAGAUUAAAUCCUAAAGCAAAAUUUCUAACAUCCCAUCAGCUAAAAAUAGUUUCAGUUUAUUAAGGGAUCUUCCAGGUGAUCAAAAAUUGUUACAAUAUUCUAAUUUAACUAGCAUAUCAAAGUCUUAACCAUUUAAUAAAUUUUUUGAAAAGUCAGAUCAGUAAAUACUCCUUCUUUAUUAAAACUUAAUAAAUCUAUAUCCAUAUGGGAUAUUAAUCAUAAAUUAGCAAUAACAAAUUAUAUAUAUAAAUAAUAAAAGUGAAAAGAUUUUAGAAUGCUAAGGGGCAGAAGUAGUGUUGGAGAAGAUCAAAAUUUGUGUUAAUAAUGCUAGAAUUGAAGAAACUAUUAGUGAGUCAUCAAAAAGUUUACAAAAUUAAAAAUAGAGAAAACUUAUUCAUUAUGAUACUUUAAGAUAGAUAGUUGGAAAAUUAUAAAGUAAAAAUCUAUCAAUUGAUAUUUUUGAUAUUAUUCUUUAACCUGCUAAGUAUUAAGGAAUUUUAUCAAAUGAAGAUUAACUAAAUAAAGAUAACUAUUAGAAAAUAUUCCAUAAAUAAAUAUUUAUUUAUGAAUGGUUAUUCCAAUCAAAUUUUUUAUAAGAAAACUCUUAAAAAAAAGUGAAAUUAAUAAUUAUCCCUACGACAAUGACUAGUUCAUAAUAGGAAUACUUUACAUCUCCAUCAUAAAUAAAAUUUUCUAGUAAAAGUUUUCCAUUUAGUAAUGAACAAGAUUCACCUGUAUUACUUAUUAUUAUAAAGAAUCUUACCAACAAACAUAAUAUCUAAUAUUUAAAAGAUAAAUAAAUUAUACAUCAUAGUUUAAUUAAAUCUUUUUCUCAUGAAUUGAGAACUCCUUUAAAUAGUUGUUAAUAAAUGUUGACACUUAUGAAGAAUUCAACUAAAACUGAAGACUUUACAGAGGAAUUAGGAAUAGCUUAAUGUUCAAUUUCAUUAUUGAUUCAUCAAAUAAAUGAUAUUUUAGAUUAUGCAGCUAUAUAAUCUUAUUAAUUCUCUUAUCAUAUAACACCAUUCACAAUAGAUCAAUUAAUUUAGGAAAUAGAUUAUUUAUAUAAAUUAUAAAUGUAAUCAAAGAAGAUUAAAUUCAUGAUAAAAGUGCAACAAUGUUUGAUGACUAUGAUCAUUUCUAAUGAUAAGUAGAGAAUAUUAUAAAUACUAGUUAAUUUGUUGAGUAAUGCUAUCAAAUUCACAUAAGAAGGAGGUACUAUAGAUCUUAAUCUAAAGUAAUGUGAUAAUUCAUAUAUUAAUGUUAAAAUAAAAGACAGUGGAAUUGGUAUUAAAGAACAUAGACUGAAUUUAAUUUUAAAUAGUUUACACGAUACUCAAGAGUUUGGUGCAACUCUUAAAUCAAAUGCAAAUAAAAAUCCCACUGGAUUAGGUCUUAUCAUUGCAGCUAAAUUGGUCAAGGGCUUAACUGAUGAUUAAGAUAAUUAGUUAGUUAUUAAUUCAAAGAAUAAUAAAGGAACUGUAAUAUAGUUCCAAAUUUAGAACUUCUAAUAAAAUAAUUUAUUAUCAUCAAACCCACUUUCGCAAUAAACUGUUAAAUUUAAUCAAUCAGGUAUAUAGUAUACAUUUAGUGAAAGAAAACUUGAGGAUCCAAAACUGAUAAAAUCAAGCCAUUCUAAUUUUAAAAUUGAUAAUGAUGAAGAAUAAUAUUAAGAUCAAAAAUCAGAUUCAUAUAAUAACACAUCAAGAUUGAAUGACAAAGAAAUGUAAUCUGGUAUAUUUUUACCUGUUAGCCCAAAUUAUUUUUCUAAUCAAUUUAUACAAUCUAACGAAUAUUUAAAAUAAAGAUAAGAAAUAUAAAUAGAAAAAGUGUAAAAUUAAUUAUGCAAGAAUUGUGUUCAUGUAUUAAUAGUAGAUGACAUUCCAUUUAACUAAAUGACUCUCAAAUUAAAUCUCAAUCACUAUCAAAUCAAGGCAGAUUAAGCUUUUGAUGGAUUUUAAGCAAUAGAAAAAGUAAAGAAUAAAUUUUCAUAACAUUGUUAAACCUAUAAAUUAAUAUUUAUGGAUAUAGAAAUGCCAGGAAUAGAUGGUUUCUAAGCAAGCAAAUAAGUAUUCUUUUUAAAAAUAUUUCAAGAUUCUAGAGCUAACUAAUUAAUAAUCAAUAAUUGUGAUUUGUUCUGCUUAUGAUACCUAGGAGAAUUUUGAACAUGGUAAUAAAAUUGGAAUCAAUUUAUUCCUUUCUAAACCUGUUAAAUAAGAAGAAUUAGAAGUACUAUUGAAAAUGGUAUUUAAAAUAACAAUUAUAUGA